UUCGUAUGCGUGCCCGUUUAAUUAAAUGAAAUACAUAACAUUCCUUCGUCAUUGCGUAUUUCAUCAAUAUUAUCAGUCACGGUUGUUCUGAGGACAUACGACAGGAUCGUUCCUGGAAAUGUUGCAUAAUGCAGCCACAGAAUUUGCUGGCAGCUGGUGGAAAGAAUAGGGGAGCUGAUUACGCGAUUUUGUAAUCCUGACAAUAAAGGAAUCUGGGACAUAGACGUGAACAAUGUUUAAUUCACCCAUGCGAAUGUAGGCAUUGAGGAUUGUUUGACUAAAGAUACGCUUUCUCUUACUGGAAACAAAAUCACAAAACUUACAAGGGGUAUUGUAGAACCUUUGCCACUGAAGAAAGAAACCACCAUCUUCUGGAAUUAAAAGGCAUUAAGAACACUGCUGCAUCUGAGUCUUACCUGUAGGAAAAAUGAAAUCCUUGUAGAGCCUUUUUUAAAGCCAAAGCAGUGUUUUGAAAUUUUGAAAUAUGCAAUCGAUUAAAAAAGAGGAGAGGACUGUAGACUCUUGCGGUGGAGAUGAUGUUUUAGUGCUUGCGGCUGCUUUACAAGGCUCGGACAGGGAGUUGGUGGGUCAGAAAUUACCUGGUGUGGCUUUUAAGCAGAAGACCUCGACGUGCCGCAGGAAACGCGAGUUUAUCCCCGAUGAAAAGAAGGAUGACCAGUAUUGGGAGAAAAGACGGAAAAACAACGAGGCUGCCAAACGGUCUAGGGAGAAGAGGCGACUGAAUGAUAUGGUCCUUGAGAAUAAACUGAUGGCCUUGGGGGAGGAGAACGCUACCUUAAAGGCCGAACUGCUGUCCUUGAAACUUAAAUUUGGUUUGGUCAGCUCAUCAGCCUAUGCCCAGGAGGUACAGAAACUUUCAAACUCCACAGCUGCGUUUUAUCAGGAUUUUAACUUGCCCAAUACAAGCAGAAGCUCUUACUCAGGGGAGUCGGAGUCCACCUUGCUGAGCAGCAGUUGCAUUUCAGUUAUUAAGCACUCCCCACAGAGUACUCUGUCUGAUGUGUCGGAAACGUCUGUGGUUGCCCAGGAUAGCCCUUUACGAAAUACUUGCAGAACCCCUGAAAUAAUCAAACAAGAACCACUUGAGAAUGGUAAUUACACACGGGAAGCAAGAGAGGAGAAUAUCCCCUAUGACCCGUACCGGAACUAUAUGGGAAACCCGUUUCCGGGAAGCUACUCUCAGCCUUCUCCAAUUUUACAGAUUACAAGGUCCUCCAGCAACUCUCCCAGAACCUCGGAAGGGGACGAAGGUAUGGUGAGCAAAGCCUCGGAUGGGGAAGAUGAGCAGCAGGUUCCAAAAGGGCCGAUUCCUUCUCCCAUCGACCCAAAGAGCAUUGGCACCUCCACCGUCAAGGUACCAGACACAAACUCCUCAGCCCUGCCUCAUAAACUCAGGAUCAAAGCAAGAGCCAUUCAGAUUAAAGUGGAGGCCAUAGAUCCUGACUAUGAGUCCUCAGGAAAACUGUCAUCUCCCCUUGACAUGUCUGCUAAAGGAUGUUAUCAGAUAAGGAAACACACGACUUCAGAUUUAAUACAGUCCUCUAUCAGUCCUUUAUCUCUCCAAGUGACUAAUCUCCAGGACUGGUCUCACCGGCCAGAACACUGGCACAACAAGGACCACCCAGUGACUGUUCCAAGCAACUGUAAUAACAGACUUUGCCCUGCCUCUCCAGGGCCUUUAACCAGCAAACUAAUUGUGGACCUGAAAGACAAUUCUUACAAUGAUGCCGAUUCUGAAAACUUGUAUUUAAAACAGGGUAUUGCUGACUUGUCAGCAGAAGUUGCAUCUCUAAAAAGACUCAUUACAAAACAGCAAGUGUCUGUUGUAGAGUUGGGCAAAAGCACUACUGAUCAUAGCUCUUUGUCUAAAGGAUGUUACACAAAAUGAAAUCUGUGUAUUUGCUCAAUGGCCUGUUUCCACUGGAGCUCUGUUUGUUUUUCACUGUUGUGUUAUUAUAGUGUCUUAUUGAUGCAGUAUGUUUUUAAUGAAUGGUGUCCUGUGCACAGAUUGUUGUAGUCGGUGUGUAUUGAUUACUCUGUACAGUCUUAGUCAGGCUUCAGGUAAAUGAAAUGUUCACUUUUGUUGUAAAUUGUAAAUUUACAUUUACAAUAAAUGUCUGUAGAUAAGCACUGAAACUUGUGUUUUUCAAUAAAAGUAUCAUGUAUUUUACAAUAA